CCCCCUCUCUCUAUCCCUCCCCUCCCCUCCUCUUCCCCCAUCCCUCAGCUCCUCGCCGCCCUCCGACGCCUCGGUUCCCCCCCUCCCUCCCGCUGGCAUCGCCGCAGAGGGCCGCGACGCGGACGCCUGCCACGUACCACCAGAUCUAGGGUUCCCCCGCCUUCCAGAACCUCCCCCCUCCCCUCUCUAUCUCUCUCGCGCGCUGCGAUUCUCCGAGGGACGCGAGAGGCCGCCGCGCAUGAGGGCCAACGGAGAGCACGCCGCCGCCAUCCCCAUCCCCAUCCACGCGUCGCCGCCCACGCCCCACACGGAGGACGACGCCGAGCGCAGGCGCCGACGCCGCCCCGCGCGCCGCCCCAAGCAGCCCGCCACGCCGCCCGCGGCGGGGCCGAGCCCCUGCAGAUCGAUGCCGCCGCCCAUGCGCGCCGACUCCCGGCUCGACGCCGCGGCGCUGGCCGAGGCGGCCGGGACGAGCCGGUCCUGCCCCCUGCUGCCCACGCCGUCCCGCGUGGAGCCCCGGGGUCCGGUCGUGGGGACGGGCGCGGGAGCUCCCAGGAGGCUCUUCUUCCCGCCCUACUGGCCCGAGCAGGUCGUCGAGGACGCACUCAAGAGAGGGAAUGUCUUCGCGGGCAAGUUCCGUGUGAAUGCUCACAACCGAAACGAGGCGUACUGCACGAUCGACGGCAUCCCCGUGGACGUUCUCGUUACUGGGCCGGCUCAAAACCGAGCGAUUGAAGGUGAUGUUGUUGCCAUCGCAUUGGAUCCUGUUGUUUACUGGACUAGAAUGAAAGGGCAGAACAUUGCAUGCAGCCCUGCCUCUGGAGGAGUUUCUGUUGCUCGUGAAGUUAGUGAAACAAAUGGGAACCAUAGUUUGAAGAAAGGACAGGCAGAUGCCAGCUGCAGGGUUGAAAAGUGCAGUAAUGGCCAACCUGUUCCGGACAGGAUGCAUAACCAUCACAAGAACAGUGGUUUUAGUCAAGCUGUUAUUUGUGAAAAUGGGCAUGCUACUGUCCCAGAGAAUUAUGAAGACCUGGAUGAAGCUAAGACUGAGUUUGCAAGAGCAUUACAGAGGAUCUGUUCUGUGAUAUACAAUCACCCAAGCAGGCGUCCUACCGGGAAAGUAGUAUCUGUCAUAAAGAAGUCUCCUCGCCGUAGUACUGUUGUAGGUUUCCUUGCUCCUUUCUCAGAUUUCCCCGAUGGAGAGCAGAAAAAUCAGAUGAAUGUGCAGGGUUCCAAGAGGAUGAACCAUAUAGCAUCCUCAAUUUUCACAGGCUUGGUUCAAAUCUUGCCUACUGAUCCCAAAUUCCCACAGAUGAUUGUUAGUACUAGUACUUUGUCAGAUGGUAUCAAGCAGAGGCUGAAAGAAGGUGAUAUAACUAUUUGGAAGGAAUUAGUUGCUGCACAGAUUGAUGAAUGGAAUGAGGAAAGUCCCUAUCCCUGGGCUUGUGUCGUACAGUUCUUGGGGAAGGGUGGACUUGUUGAAACACACAUGGAUGCUAUACUGUUUGAGAAUGCAAUAUCUGAUGCUGAAUUUUCCCCUUUGUCCAUGGCAUGUCUCCCUGACACUUGCUGGAAGAUUCCGCAGGAAGAACUUGCAGCAAGAAAGGAUCUGAGAAAUGUUUUGACGUUAACAAUAGACCCUCCUACUGCUUCGGAUCUUGAUGAUGCAAUAUCUAUCGAGACACUUUCUGGAGGAAUUGUACGUAUUGGGGUCCAUAUUGCGGAUGUUUCUUACUUUGUUCAUCCAGGGACUGCAUUAGAUGCUGAAGCUCAGAUUCGGUCUACUAGUGUUUACACCUUGCGACAUAAAGUAUCAAUGUUGCCUUCAAGACUUUCAGAAGAAUUAGUUUCGCUUAAUCCUGGGGUAGACAGGCUGGCCUUUUCAGUUAUUUGGGACAUUGAUCCUCAUGGCAGCAUAGUUAAUCGUUGGAUUGGUCAUACCAUUAUCUUUUCAUGCUGCAAGCUGUCGUAUGAUCUUGUGCAAGAUCUGAUUUCUAGUGAUGCAAGCCAGUUCAGAUCUGCAGCUACGUCUCUUCAAGUGCAUGGCAGGUUUAAACAUGAGGAUAUUAUAAAGUCCCUUCGAUGCCUAUAUGAGAUCUCGAAAAAUCUGAAGGAUAUUAGAUUCAAGGGUGGUGCUCUUUCUCUUGACACUUCAAAGCCCACGAUCCUAUUUGAUGAAGAUGGGGCUCCAUGUGAUAGCUAUCGCUAUAAAAGGAAUGAUGCAUGUUUCAUUGUUGAGGAGUUAAUGCUGUUGGCAAAUAUGUCAGCUGCAGAAGUUAUAUCCAAUGCAUUCCCUGAUUGUGCUUUACUUCGUAGGCAUCCUGAACCUAAUCCACGGAAGCUGAAAGAAUUUGAGGCAUUUUGUGCUAAAAACGGGUUUGAAUUGGAUUCUUCAUCAUCUGGUCAACUUCAUCUUUCAAUUUGCAGAAUGAAGGAAGAUUUGCAAGAUGAUCCUGUUAUGUUUGAUAUUCUCAUGUUUUAUGCUUCAAAGCAAAUGCAGUCUGCAGAGUACUUUUGCACAGGGGACCUGAUAAGCAAGAAGGAUGACUGGGCUCAUUAUGCACUAUCUAUCCCUUUAUAUACACACUUCACUUCACCACUUCGAAGAUAUCCUGAUAUAAUCGUUCACAGGAUACUGAAUGCAGUACUUGAGGCUGAACAGAUGUAUCUGAAGCAAAGGAGAAUAUCCACUGGGCGGAAUGGAGUCAAAGCUACAUCUAGUGAAAUUGUGAGUAGAUGCUUUACAGGCCUCCAAUUUAGUAAGGAUGCUGCUGAAUCCAAAGAAGGGAGAGAAGCACUGUCUGCUGCAGCUAAGAAGUUUAAGAUCCCUAACUCUGAAGCUCUUGGGGAUGCUGCCGAACAUUGUAAUGAAAGGAAGUGGGCCAGUCGCCGUGCAGAAGAAGCUGGACAGAAGCUCUACAUGUGGGCUCUACUAAAGAGGAAUGAGACCCUGGUCUCCAAUGCUAGAGUUCUUGGGCUUGGACCAAGGUUCAUGUCAGUUUAUGUGCCCAAACUCUCGAUGGAACGGAGGAUAUACUAUGAUGAAGUCGAGGGAUUAUCUACUGAAUGGUUGGAAGCCACUGGAACCUUGGUGCUUGAUGCAUGCAGGAAUAAGCCCCAAAAGAGGGGAGGCCAGUUCAGAUGCAGUAGAGCUAUUGAGGAAGUCGCGGUGGUGGUGAACCCAUCCGAGUUAAUGUUACCCGAGGACAAAGAUGAAUCAGGAGCAAUUGAGGCUGUGGAUUCAGUUUUGCUGAGCGAUGAGGCGGUGAAAGUUGAGGUUGCCCCAGCCGUUCUGCCCAUGGUGAUAAGCUACUUGAGUGACAUCCCCGUGGUUCUUCAUGCAAUCGGUGGUGUGGAUUCUCCCGUGGACAUCGGAGUAAGACUAUACAUGUCAUCAUACUUCAAGUGACCAGAAACAGCUCAUCAUGACAGGAAACUAUCUGUGAAUUUAACUUCAUCAUAGUCGAACAAGACAAUGGUAAUAAAAUGCGACAGAAAAGUAGCGCUAAAGAGUCGGUCAGGGUUCAGCAGGAAAACAUGUCAAGUUAGUGUUGUAGAUACUCCUAUCGUUACUGUUGUCUGUUUCUUAUUCACCUCCCUGUGGCAUCCAAAUGAUCGUGUGGUGAAGCGGCCUUCCUUUUUGCUCCGAGGCCACCUGACUAGGCGACUCAUAUUAGCCGUAGUGUUGUGUAUGUGCCAGUGAUGUAUUCACUAGUUCCUCCUUUAUUACUGUUCUUCUAGGGUGAAUCCACCUGCAGUUUUUUUACUGGUGGGUUCAUGCAUGAUGUUUUGUUGCUUCUGAAUGAAAGAAAGGAAUAGCACUGCUGAGCUCUGUCCGAA